AAGCUUGGCUCCGCUUGGCGCGGCGCUCUACAGCGGGCGAGCUCGGCGCUGGGGAGUUGAGGCCAUUGCUCGACGGGACGAAGGCACGGACACGGACCAAGCUGUUUUCAUGCUGUGAUAACGGCCACGGCGCUUGUCAUGGUCAUCGAGUGCUGAGGCAAGAAGAGGACAGCCCGCCGUCGCUGGAAAUCAUGAAAAAUCGCCCGAGUCGCGGGAGAGGGACUCUGUGCCGCAGCGAGAGGCCUAGCGCCUAAGGCCUACGUGGUUUGGCCCCUUGGCCCUACACCAACAAACGGCCCCGAAAUGGGCGGCCACUGCAUUGAGAGUGAGGACUUCGUGAUCGUGGUGGACAAGUGGGACGGUUCGUUCCUGCGACGUCCUGGCUGCAAGCCACACUACUUUUUCCUCACUCAUCUUCAUGCUGAUCACAUAUCAGGAUUAACAUCUACUUGGAGCCGCACUAUUUACACAUCACCUUUCAAUGCUUGGCUUCUUCCUAUGCGACGGAAUGUGAAACAAAUUUUAUUAAAAGAAGUGGAACUAAAUGUCACUCAUACCAUAAGAAAAGCAAAUAAUGACAUUGCUUUCCAAGUCACACUUAUUGAUGCAAAUCACUGUCCUGGUGCUGUUAUGUUUCUCUUUCAAGGCAAAUUUGGAAAUAUCUUGUACACUGGUGAUUUUAGGUACACUCAUAAAAUUUUAGAGAAUCCUGUGCUUUCUCCAAUUAUCAGAAAUAAGGAGUUAAGUGUUCUCUAUCUUGAUAAUACUUAUGCUGCCCCAACCUGCAAAUUUCCCUCCCGAGAGAAGGCUUUGCAACAGGUUCUGAAGAUUAUUGAUGAAAACCCGGAUGCAAAUAUUCUGAUUGGAAUGCGACAACUGGGUAAAGAGGAAGUUCUAAGAGCCAUUGCUCUACACAUUAAUGAAAAAGUUUGUGUUUCGAAUCAAAGAUUUCAAAUCUUAUCAAAGCUUGAGUAUGAGGAUGUUUUUACAACUGAUACAACUCAAAGCAGAAUCCAUGCUGUUGAAUUGCACACAAUUACUCAAAGUUUUUUCAGACACUGCCAGGAAUCAACUAAAACUGUUUCAAUCAAGUUGACUUCUAUGUACGAAUGUGGAAAUGUGGAGAAACAACGCGGCAAUAUUUAUGUUGUACCUUACAGUGAUCACAGCAGUCAUGAUGAGCUUAAGGAAUUUGUGGAUCAUUUACGCCCCUUGAAAUUAUAUCCUAUUUCAAUACCCAAAAUUCCCAAAGGAACUGCUGUUCCAGGACCAUGGCAUAGGAUGUCUGCUGUCAACUGUGUGGUACCUGAAGAAAUAUUGCAGCUUUGUGGUCCCGCCUCUGAGAAUGGUGCUCCUUCUGCGCCUCCUGUAAUUGACUUACCCCUGCUGCAAAUCAAGUACCACCCAACUCCCAAGCCUGUCAGUGUUGAGAAGAAAUCCUCAAGUGUCACCUACAUCGACGAAGGCAUGAACUUUGUGCCUUUCGAUUCUCUAGGAUCUCAUCUAACAAAUAACAACAAAGCAAGGAAACACAUCAAAGCAUCUUGGACAAGACUGGCUCCAAAGCUGUUAACUUCCAAAGGUGUCAAAUUUGAGAGUCCAGAGAAGAACCCUGAGGGCUCUCCUCUAGUGGCUAAAGCAAUGGAUAAAAGCUCAUCUGACAUUUUAGGACCUUUGAGUAACAAGGGUGACCUUCCCUGUGAUCCUAGUGUGAAAGAAAACUCAGUGAUUGAAAAUGACGGAGUAUUAGUGGAAUUGCCUUUGUCAGAUGAUGAUUAUGACAUGCCUAGCUCAGCAAGUGAACUUAUUCGACAAUUGAACCUCUCUGCAAGUGAGUCUGUGAAUGGAGUUGGUUGCGAGGACCGUAAGUCUGAAUGCUCUAGUGUGAUAACAGAUCUCUUUGAAGAUACUGGCAAUGUACGGAUGACUAGAAACAGAUCUAAAUGUGAGAGUCCAACUAAGGGUGUCAAUGAUUCUAAGGACUCUGUCUCUGACAUUUCCUCAUCCAAACGGACUACGAGAAGCAAGGCUUCUGUCACAUCGGUACCUGUCUUCAGCCGUCCCAGGACGCGUCUCUCUCAUGGCUCUGAUAUAGAUAGCCAUUUAAAUAAUGAGUCCCCAAGAAAAGCGCAGGUGGUGGUUAGAAAGAGUUUGAGAAAUAGUCCCAAUGCUCAGGGCCUCUCGCCUGUCAGCCCCAAAUCAGCAAAGAAUGGCUUGGGUAGAAAAUCAGUCAGCUUAGAAAGCUUGCCAACAAAAUCCACAAGUAAAGAGCUGAAAAAAGCGUCAAAAGAAGUCAAAGAUGCAGAUAUUUUCUUGAGUCCAGGCUCCCCAAGUAAGAAGGGCACCAAAGUUACCAAUGAUAGCAGGAACAAUGCGUGUAAAACAGCUGAACGAAUACCAUCUCCUACCGAAAAUGUGCCCCAAGUGAAGAGGGUGCCUGUUUUGGAAACCAUAAAUGUUGAGGAGGCAAACCAUGUGCAGAAUGACUCCUCCAGCAUGAGCAUUGUUGAAGCUACCAAUUCAGUUCCUGUAGGCAGCAGUAAUGUGGUUUCUGGAGUUCAAGCUGUUGGAACAUCAAGCAAUGCAUCUGCCAUACCAACUGGCAGCUCUACUGAGAAUUGCAAUGUCACAGUUGCUGCAUCCAAGAAGACUGUCAAUGGAAAUUUGUUCCUGAGUAAUUUCAAUGGCAUUCAUAUCAACAGCCCAGGUCGCAAGAGGGUUCCUCUUUCGUGUGAUUGGGAUGCUGCCCAAGAGAUUGUCAAAAAGGAAACUGAACAAGCUCUGAAGGCACUUGAAUGUUUAAAUCAAAUGAAAGGAUUUAAGACGAGGAACCGGUCUGGCCCAGCUGCUCAAAGGAGACUGUCAGCAGAUAAUAUUCCUAAGCCCGCUACAAAUAAACCUGCAUCUCCUGGGAUGCGACGGAGAACUGCUAGUAUUUUAAGCUCUAUGGCCAGCACCUUCAGCCAGCAGCCUGCGACAAAAGAAAAAGAAGCCACCACUCCAAGUCAGCCAGCACACUGUGUGCAAGGAAUCAGCCCCAUUUUACCUGAUAAAGAGACCCGAUCUCCCAGGAAAGCAAAAGCUGGGAGCCCUGCGAAGAUGGGAAGCAGCAAGAAAAGCCCAGGACCUUCAAAAGGGAAAGUACCACAUCUUUAUCCAGAAUCAGUUACUGCAGGUCAAAGUACUAACCUCAGCAGUGUAGUGAAGAUUGAGGAUACCAUUGAUACUGAUGUCGUAGUUUCACAGAAUGCUGAUAGUGAAGGCCUGCCAAGUUCUAUUUCUCUUGUAGGCAGUACUGAACCAGUUUUAUUAGCAAAAGCUGAAAGUUUUGUUAAUAAUGACUCUGUAGAGGCAAUCAGGCAGCAAUCCAGCACUACACCUGUGAAGCCUCAUAUGAGCGCUGUUGUUUCAAAUGAGUCGGACGAUACCUUAAACCAAGGAUUGUUCUUGACUGAUGAAACUUUAGCAACAGCAUCGUCCUCAAGCAAGAAGGAGUUCAAACAACCCCGAAGGACAUAUUACAAGAGACAAACUGAGGUCAAUGUUAACCUCAUGAAAUUAAAAAUGGAUUUUGCUAUGUCUCGGAAAGGACCGAAGCGACUCUCACUGCCCUCGAGACUGUCAUUCCUGAGGAAAGAUUUUUCAAAUUCACCAAGACAGGAGUCAGCAUUGCAAAGCAAAGACAAGGUGCAAGACUGGAAGAAGAAGAUUUCAUUACGGUUACGGAAGUCUCCUCAGAGACGCUACAGAUUCAAGUCGCCUAACAAGCUUCGCGAAAAUGCUAAAAGAACUCUAGCAUCCAUUCUAAGAAGUGGACGGAAUUUAGGUAGUUCUCAAGGAUAUCAGGGUGAUGUGGAAGACUGCACCGAAUUGUCUCAGCCUAUUUCAGACACACGGGAGAAUUCUGGGUACAUGGCAGAUCAUGAAGGGGCUACCCAAGCUGAAUCUACUCAGCCAUCCUCUGUUCCCACAGAACAAAGGCAGACUCGAUCAAGCCAUCAAAGUACCCUUAAUGACAGUUCAGCUUCAGAAGAUUCUAAAGUGGGCAUUUUGAAUGAAGUGAGAAGAAGCUCACGCCUUUCAAAAGAAGAUUUGAACUGCUUCCAAGUUCCAAGCAGACCUGUAAAGUCUUUGCCAAAACAAAAUUCUAAGCAGGAGAACUCCAAAGCAAAUAGUAAGGGUACUAGAGCUGAAAUCAACCCUCCUCAAAAGAGAACUGGUACAUCACCAUUAGAUAACACAGGAGGUUCUAGUGCAGGAAGUCCUGUUGUUAGGUUUUCAGACAGACUGUCUGAAAAAUCUAAAAUGAUGUCGAGCAAAGGCACGGAAACUGCACAGAAGAGUCCCAACAUCCUCAGUUUAAUGGCAGACGCCUUCAAGAAUAGCCCAGUUUCUUCAGAAGCACCUUCAACUGCCAACAUUUUAUGCUCAAUGGCUGAAAAUUUUAAGAAGCUUGAUGAGGCAACGAGAGUUUCUCCAUCACUUAGUAUCCAACUAGUUUCUAGCAAAGCGCCUGUUUCCAUUCGUCCACCCAAAGAUAGAAACUCUACUGACUGGGGUGUUCAAAUCACUCGUGUUGAUGGUGCUUCAAGCAAAUCUCAGAAACUGCCUCAAAAUCCAUCUUCUGGAGGGCUAUCAAUUAGAAAUGCUAUUCCCAAGUCACUCAGUAUUGAGAUUAUACCAGAUAGUGAUGAAGUCGAUGUCGCUCCGAGGAAAGGACCUUCUCCACCCACUGUAACUAUUUCUCCAGAAGUAAUCGACUUAGCAUCAGAUCCCCCUGAAUCGGAGGUUGGUGGGACUCAAUCCACAAUACACUCUCUUCCGAUGGCCCCUGGUCCUAGAUUUUCGGCUCAAGGUAGAACAAGGUGGCCUCAAUUAACCAAGUCUGAAAUUUUGCCUCCUCCGCAAGCAGUCUGGAAAGAGAAACGUAGCAGCACGCAGACUAGUGAUAAUGUUAUAAUCGAUAUCCAGACCCAGGAGGACCCGCAAAAAGUCCCCCACUGUCCUGUGCACUGCACUUGCGGAGCUGCGUUGCGUCAGGGAACCUGUAUGGGCACCAUGAGGAACCUGAUUGAAGAGGACGCAGACUGUUUGUAUGAAGUUCCACUCAGUCCGGAAGACUUUGAAGAGUCUGGUGCCAUGCUAGCUUUGGGCAGGGGCUGGAUUGAAUCAUGCUUUGAAGAUCCUGAGGAUAGAGAUGAAUUUUUCCAAUCUUAUGAAGACAUCCUACCCACCCUCAGUGACUUGAAACAAAGGCGGACUAAGUCACUGUCUGCCUCUGAAAAUUCUAAGAGCGCCGAGGUGCAGCCGGCACCUCAGACUGCCCAGCCUGUGCGCCGUGUCUUGUCUCUAGCAUCAGCCAAACCAACCACUCAGAGUGUGAAACAAGCACCUGCUGCUGCCGCUGCUUCUUCUUCUGCUGCUGCCACUGCUUCCUCUUCUGCUGCUGCCACUGCUUCCUCUUCUGCUGCUUCUCAGCGCCCUCAACAGCAGACUCAAGUUAAGAAACAGGCUGCUACUUCCAGUCAGACAAAAGCAUUUAAACCUGUGCCGAAGUCGAAACAAACAGAGGAACCCAAGAAAAAGCCUGCAAGCUGUUUGAAAGAAAUCGAAAAGAAAAUUAUAGCCUAUAAUGAUGAGAAGUCAAAGAAAGAAUCUGAACGAAAAUCUCUGCCCUCUAGAAGAACAUCAUCUCAAAGCACGUCUUCCUCUAAUUCUGCUUCAAGACCAAGGUCAUCAAAGCAAUCACAGUCACCAGCAGCCCCUCCUCCACCCAAAGUGAAACCAACAACAUCAAAAAGGAAAUUAAAUGCACCCAACGCCUCUAAUGACCCCAAAGAGAAAAAGCACAAAGUGAAUACAUCGUCAAGUGGAUCAGAGUCCCCUGAAACUAAAAAACCAAGGUGCAAUGAACUUGAUCGCUUGUCUGAUAUUGGCAAGAACAAUGCCAACAGAAGGUAUCGAGUAUCAGUCCGCAGAUCAUUGGAUCAUCUCAUGACCCGUCAGAAAUUGCGUAGUGACCGAAGAGUCAAAACCUCAAAUUCAAGUCGCUCUUAAGGUACCUAUUGUUAUGAUUCACUUUCAAGUUUGUUAAUUGCAAAGGAAUAUUUUUGUAGAAUGUGAUUGUUAAAAGUUCUUUUUCUUUUAAAUUAAAUGUAAUCUGUUGUUGCAUUAUUCCAAGUUGCAUUUCUUUAAAAAAAAAUCAAAGAAACCAUUAGGUCAUUUUAUCAUAAGACUGCACCAUUGACCAAUUCUUUCAAGAAUGUGAGAGAUGGUUGUUUAAUGUCUAUUUUUCUUCUUUCCUUUGUUUUUUUUUAUUAUGGUGGAUCUUGGAAUUUGCAUGUAUAAUAUAAAUAAUCAUAUUGUUUACCUAUUGGGUAAGUUCUUAAGAACAAAAAAAAAGAAAGAGUUAAAAAUAUUUUAGAAGUAUCGUCCUGUACUUAAAAAUGUGCUGAGAAAAACUUCUAUUCACUGAACAUAUUGCAAUACCUCUUUUGUGAUUGCUCUGUAAAUAUUUGUUCUAUUUGUAGAUAGACGGUUGAUUGGUUGGUUGUACCUCCCUUUGGAAGUUAUACUCUAUUUCUUAUCUCAAAAGAAACUUUAAUUCACCUUUCCAAAAGGUGUAUAUGUGUGUCAGGUAAAAUUAACUGGAAUUCACUUUUUACAUAUUGUUCAUUCAGAUAGGCUUGUCUUGCAAUAUCAGUGGACCAGGAUGCCAGAUUUUCAGUGUUCUGUUUUAACAAUUGUAAUUUAUUUGUUUUGUGAGAUGUUUGUCUUGAAAAGGUGUGCAACUUAUCAUUUUUUAAUCUGUAGGAAAAGACAAAUCUGGCUAGUUGAAACUUUGUUUUUCACAGUUGUCUAAUUAUUUGACUUGAGCUUUACAUGCUGCAGUUUGAUUAUUAAUUUGUUUGUUCUUAUUUAUGUACUUUUGGUACUUUGACUGUUUCACAUUCUGUGAAUUCAUAUUUAUAAAAUUGGAAAGGCUGUAUGUAAUGUGGAACUCUUCAGCUGACAGGAGCUGUUGUAGAUUGGAUAUAAUAGUCUGAAUAUUCAAGGGUAAAUACCUGUCUCUUUGUGAUAAAUUUUGUACUGAACUGGGUGGAAAAGACUCUGACAAUCCAGCCUGGUUUUUCGCCCCCAGCGUCCAAACCGUUCAUUUUAAAAGGGUAUAGUAAGCGAGUUGAUUUUACCUUGAAUAGACAUCUACAAUCAGCUCACUUACAAUACCCCUCAAAAUUGAAUGGGCCAAGACGAUGGGGUCGAAAAUCCCGGCCGGAGUGUAAGAUUCUUUUGCAACAGGCAGUACCUCGACAGACCACACACCUUGUUUAUCAAUUGCAUGCAAAAUAAAAUUUAAAAAUUUCAGAAGUGUGCUGUCUUGUAUAACCUGCUUGCAUUCUGAAUCCCUCUUCUGUGUGUUUUCUCAUUGGAGUUUUUAUCUGUUGUCACUUGCUUUACCUAGUUGCUUUAUCUGAAAUUGUGGCAGAAAAGACCGAAAGUCAUGUGGAUUCAAAUCAUGAUUGAUUUGGAUUAAAAGGCUUCCCUACCUUCCCUUGUACAGUGUUAGUGUAGACUGAUUAAAUUUAAGGUAUAGGUACUUUAAUGCAAGGAAUUAUUUGAUUUAUUAGCAGGCGAAUUAAGUAAUUCUUCUAUAGCACUGAGGCUACUGUGUAAAAAAUGUUUACAAUAUUAUUUUAUUUAUUAUUUAACUGUAUGUUAGAACUCCAUCAAGGUCGCUUCAAUAAAUCCAUUGUCUUGUUGAAGCAUAUUGUGUCAGAAGUGCGUGUUUCUUAUACAGAUGUCAUUAUAGCUGGUGUUUUGGGCUUCACCUUGACAGUUGGAAUUCCUUCUUUGUGUUGUGGGAAUCCAUAAGUAUCAGCUGUAAUUUUAAUUGUCAAACAUAAGCAGUCAGUCUUUUUUUUUUCUUUUUAAAAAAAAAAAACUAUCAUUGAUUUGGCACAGAUAAUAGUCCUACGUUUUCUCUGUCCAACCUAGCUGAUACUUCAAUCAUUGAGCCUGGACAUGCUUCUACUAAAAACUGUGAUAUUACUUGCAACAUGUAUCUUGAUGUGGUUGAGUUUGUCAGUCAGUCACUUUGCUUUGAAAUAAAAAGUAUAUCUUCCAAACUAA